AUGGCUAAAGUUUUUCCUCAGCGUCAGAGUCCUAUGUUAGAGCCUUUCGUGUCUUUUCAAAGAGAAACAUUCACCGUAUGGAUGAAAUCACUUCUGUGCCAAACUAACGGUUGCACUGUCUUUGAUUCCAAUGGAGACAUUAUUUAUCGCGUCGACAACUAUGACAAGAAGUGCAGCAAUAAGGUCUAUCUCAUGGAUCUUCGAGGCAGAGUUCUUGUUACAAUACGAAGAAAGAGGUUACAAAUUUUUGGAUGUUGGUAUGGUCAUAGAUGGAAUUCUGAUGCCAACAAGGAGAAGCCAUGGUUUCAAGUGAAAAAAUAUUGCAGAUUUAUUUGUACGGGAAGUUUUGCCUGUCAAGUUACUGUAGGAUUUGACAAGUAUUGGGUAGUGAAAAUGGCAAGCAAAACAGCAUUCAGAAUCGUAGACAUCGAUGGAGAUGCUAUUGCAGAGGUGAAGCAAAAACAAUUAUCUUCAGGAAUCACACUGGGCAAUGAUGUGCUAACUUUAGCUGUGGAGCCUCACGUAGAUCAUUCCCUGAUAAUGGCAAUUGUGACUGUCUAUGGAUUGAUCAAUUAUACACUUAAAAUAUCAGAAGCCAAUGACUUGGCCGAUGUGGAGGCAACAAGGGGAGAGAAGAGUAUUAGGAUCCGUAAAGUACCAAAGGCGUAUGCUAAAACUAGCCCUCCGUAUGUAGUGGAGUUCCCAAAUUAA